UGGUCUAGGAGGCUUAGGACCCAGGGGGCGCCUUUCAGCUGAAAAACACCUCGGCUGCAGCAAGCUGGCUGGGAAGCUCCCAGUUCUAAAGAGAGGCUGUUUACCACAAGAGCACAACAAGGGCCGGUCUGACUGCAAGGCUGGGAACGAGGAGGCAGAACCCCGACCAAGGAGACCCCAUUUGGACACUGGCUGUUCAGUCACCUGCAAGCCGGGAGAGGCGAGGAUGCUGCUGCCUUGGGUACAUGCAUUUCUUCUCAGCAACAUGCUUCUGGCAGGAGCCUAUGGAUCUGGAGGCUGCUUCUGGGACAACGGCCACCUGUACCGGGAGGACCAGCCCUCGCCCGCGCCGGGCCUCCGCUGCCUCAACUGGUUGGCCGUGCAAGGCGGCCGCGAGUCGCCCACCGAGCCCAGCCCUGGCAACCACAACUACUGCCGGAACCCGGACCGGGACCCGCGUGGGCCCUGGUGCUACAUCAGCAGCGAGAGCGGCGUCCCCGAGAAGCGGCCUUGCGAGGACGUGCGCUGUCCAGACACCACUUCCCAAGCACCAGCAGCUUCUACAUCACAGCCGGAAGAGAAAUCUGACGCCCCAGAUGAAGAAGAGGCACAGGUGUUCCCUCCUGCUAAUGUCCUGCCGGCCAGGAGCGAGGCAGCAGAGGUACAGCCAGUGAUUGGGAUCAGUCAGCGUGUGCGGAUGAACUCCAAGGAGAAGAAGGACCUGGGAACUCUGGGCUAUGUGCUGGGCAUUACUAUGAUGGUGAUCAUCAUUGCCAUUGGAGUUGGCAUCAUCCUGGGCUACACUUACAAGAGGGGGAAGGACCUGAAAGAGCAACGCGAGCAGCGAGUGUGUGAGAGGGAGAUGCAGCGAAUCACCCUGCCGCUGUCCGCCUUCACCAACCCUACCUGUGAGACGACGGACGAAAAGACCAUCAUUGUACACAGCAACCAGACUCCUGCUGACCCUCAGGAGGGCAGCACCCUCCUUGUGGGCCAGGCUGGCACCCCUGGGGCCUGAGCCCCUUCGGUGGGCAGGUGCCCCUGCAGACACCGGUACAGGACAGGCUACCCUCCUGCAGCUGGGAGGAGCUACCUUUUGUGUUGUGGUUGAAACCCUAUCCCAUUUUUCUUUUGAGCGGGAGAUGCGACUCCUCAUGACACAAGCAGAAGCAAGUGGCAUUAUGGGUGAGUGUGAGGAGGCUGGGUAGGGCUCCUCAGUGCUCUUUUCUAUCCCUUGGAGCAGGGUUUGCCUGUGGAUGGUGACCGGCACAGUGGCCACGGUGGCGCUGUGGCACCUAAGGGCUUCCACCUUGCCUGAACCAGGGAGACACCGAAGGUGCUGUACACCUAAGGUGGCCUCAUCCUCUGCCUUCCCAUUUGUCACCCAGGAACUUGAGUGGCGUAUACUGUUAUUCAUAGUUAAGGUCAAACAGGUCAUGCAUGAGGCAGCAUUAAAAACAAUAUAUAUAUAUAUAGUAUUUGGGAUAGGAGGUCCCUUCUGACUUCUGAGAACCAGAAAUGAAUUUAUACAACAGUCAGAACUUUGGGCUGCAAGUGGAUUCUAGAUGGGGGCUACUGGCUGUGCCCCAGCUUGCUGGCAGUGAUGUGCCUUGAUAACUGUGGGCCAGGCCUGGGCCCAAGGGACUCUUCCUGUUUUGUAAAGAAAGGGCAGAAUUGCACUAAACAUUCCGCUUAGGAAGACACAGGAGAAGGGCCCCCUUCUGUCUUCAGCCUCAGACUUGGGUCUUCAGAUGGUCUCUUCAGGGGUGGAUAGGAACCUCUCCAUUUUGUGCUGAUAAGAGAAUAGCCAGCCCACCCAUGGGAAUCACACAGUCAGACCAGAGUAAGACCAGAGGCCCGGUAACAAAGGCAGAGGGGCUCACAGCAGCCCGAUGGCCUCCAGGCCAGUGCCUUCCACAGGGCUGGGCUUGCAACGUGCACAAAACAAUCACUGAAGCAAGCGCUGGGAAGGACCUUCAGGGUCUCCAGAGAGGGAAAGCGUCUUGCCCAAGAUCAAAGCAACUUCUGGAUGGCCGGGAGUCCCCAGCCUCCUGGCCUUAGCAGUGUCCCCAGCCAGGCGCUCUCUACUGCCCAACACAGAGAGGGUGGGUGGGGUCCACUCCCUUCCCCACGCUGCUGCCUGGAGCCAGCUGUUGAGGGGGCCUAGACCUCAGGGUUCCCAUGGUGGAAGUGACUAUGGGAAAGAGAACAGUACUACUUCCUACUUUUCUAUGAAAGUACUUCUCUGUGUGUAUGUUUUAUAUACCUCAUUCUGACACCUGUGUAUUAACUGUGGGAAAUUGCUCUGCAUUUGACUUAUAUAAACACAAAACACAA